ACCAUGGCACAUGCGCAGUACGGGAUCUGUCUGUUCGUUUGUCGGCGCUACCAAUAAAGUUUUAGUGAGCACAGACUCCCUUUUCUUUGGCAACAUGGCGGAGUACGACCUGACUACUCGCAUCGCGCACUUUUUGGAUCGGCAUCUAGUCUUUCCGCUCCUUGAGUUUCUCUCUGUAAAAGAGAUAUAUAAUGAAAAGGAAUUAUUACAAGGUAAAUUGGACCUUCUUAGUGAUACCAACAUGGUAGACUUUGCUAUGGAUGUAUACAAAAACCUUUAUUCUGAUGAUAUUCCUCAUGCUUUGAGAGAGAAAAGAACCACAGUGGUUGCACAACUGAAACAGCUUCAGGCAGAAACAGAACCAAUUGUGAAGAUGUUUGAAGAUCCAGAAACUACGAGGCAAAUGCAGUCAACCAGGGAUGGUAGGAUGCUCUUUGACUACCUGGCAGACAAGCAUGGUUUUAGGCAGGAAUAUUUAGAUACACUCUACAGAUAUGCAAAAUUCCAGUACGAAUGUGGGAAUUACUCAGGAGCUGCAGAGUAUCUUUAUUUUUUUAGAGUGUUGGUUCCAGCAACAGAUAGAAAUGCUUUAAGUUCACUCUGGGGAAAGCUGGCCUCUGAAAUCUUAAUGCAGAAUUGGGAUGCAGCCAUGGAAGACCUUACACGGUUAAAAGAGACCAUAGAUAAUAAUUCUGUGAGUUCUCCACUUCAGUCUCUUCAACAGAGAACAUGGCUCAUUCACUGGUCUCUGUUUGUUUUCUUCAAUCACCCCAAAGGUCGCGAUAAUAUUAUUGAUCUCUUCCUUUAUCAGCCACAAUAUCUUAAUGCAAUUCAGACAAUGUGUCCACACAUUCUUCGCUAUUUGACUACAGCAGUCAUAACAAACAAGGAUGUUCGGAAACGUCGGCAGGUUCUAAAAGACCUAGUUAAAGUUAUUCAACAGGAGUCUUACACAUAUAAAGACCCAAUUACAGAAUUUGUUGAAUGUUUAUAUGUUAACUUUGACUUCGAUGGGGCUCAGAAAAAGCUGAGGGAAUGUGAAUCAGUGCUUGUGAAUGACUUCUUCUUGGUGGCUUGUCUUGAGGAUUUCAUUGAAAAUGCCCGUCUCUUCAUAUUUGAGACUUUCUGUCGCAUCCACCAGUGUAUCAGCAUCAACAGCAGUACAAAGAAGGAGAUACCCAUUAACUUGGAAAUUCUGUUGGAAGACCACUAUAUUUGCAUGUUGGCAGAUAAAUUGAACAUGACUCCAGAAGAAGCUGAAAGGUGGAUUGUAAAUUUGAUUAGAAAUGCAAGACUGGAUGCCAAGAUUGAUUCUAAAUUAGGUCAUGUGGUUAUGGGUAACAAUGCAGUCUCACCCUAUCAGCAAGUGAUUGAAAAGACCAAAAGCCUUUCUUUUAGAAGCCAGAUGUUGGCCAUGAAUAUUGAGAAGAAACUUAAUCAGAAUAGCAGGUCAGAGGCUCCUAACUGGGCAACUCAAGAUUCUGGCUUCUACUGAAGAACCAUAAAGAAAAGAUGAAAAAAAAGAAAGAAAAGAAAGUUGAAAUAAUAAAACUAUUAUAUAAAGGUUGACUUACAUUUUGGAAACAACAUAUUGAGUAUACAUUUUGAAGAAUUGGAAUAAAAUUGACUGAUUCAUUUUA